AUGUUAGAAUGGCUGACGGGUUCCACGCGGCCAGCAGACGCGCGAUACCCUCGAGCAGGUAUACAAUCCGAAUUCGUAGGGAUUGGGAUUGAGCUUACGAGAAGACAAGAUGAUGGACUAUCGUACAUCGAAGAACCGCCUGAAACUCCGGCGCCGUUGUUCGCGGUCCGUGCCUUUAAGACCGCCAUCUUUGGGACGCCUCACCCAGAUCAAAACGAUGUCAGACACCAUAUGCUGCCAGGGGAGCCAAAAAGGGAUGUUGCAAAGACUCAGCCCGCAGCAAAGGUGGAAGGCAACCAAGCUCAUGAUGCGGUAAAUGGCUAUUUCGAUGAGCCCGUUGCGCUCCUCAAAGUUGAUCCACUAGCGUCUCCAACCAAAGGCAUCCUCCUAACUCCCGGUACCGGGGCCACUCGUCGUAAGACAGUGUCUUUCGGGACCCUGAUAUCCAACGCCCAGAAAAUAAAGGAGCAAUCGCCAUCAACGGAGGCCAAUCGCGAUCCCGCCCUAAAAAAGAGCAAUAGACCAGAAAUGCCGGAAGAAAACUCUAGGAUCCAACCUUGCCAUUCAAGUCUUACCAAAACCCUCAUAGAAUUAUCCAAGCAGAAACCGAACAACCAUUCAAUUACGUCCACUGAGGAGGGAUCUACUAGAGAAUCCGCGGCAAGUAUUGGCGCCCAUGCGGGAAAUAGUGAUCAAAUCGCUGAUCAGACUGUGGAUCUGAGUCAACCAUGCUCAAGAUCGGGGCAGCAUUGGAAGACUGAGUAUGAGCAAUACCACAAGAGGUCGAAUCGCGAAAUGAAGAAGAUCAUCAUGUAUGGCCAGAAUGUGAAGUCGUAUGCCGUUAAAAAGGACUCUGAAGCUACUGGCCUUGGCGAGAAGCUGAAGAAGGAGCUGGCCAAGGUUGCUGCAAUGGAAAAGAAAGUAUCGAAGCUAGCCGCGCAGCUAAACAACAUUCACGCGCAAGGUCCAGAAGGGGAGAGCGAGCAGACUAGGCUUGUCAGUGAGCUGGCACAACAGACAGCCUUGGCCAUACGAUACAAGCAAAAAGCCGACCAGUACAGAAGAGCGAUGCAAAAAGAGAAUCGGGCUGAUGGCUCAGUUGGCGAACGAGAUGAUAUCCAGGCAAUGGAAGAGACUGAUGAAUGCUCAACCAAGGAGGCAAAUUCUCCAGAAAUUGUUGCUCGGUCCGCAGAAAAAGACAUGUUACACGCCCAACUGGAGAGCUUGCGUAUGAGUGCGAAAAAAGCAGAAGAUCAAGCCGCGAAGCUCGAAGCUGAGAACGGUGCACUCAAGCGAAGCCUAGCGAGAGUCAAAGGGGAGAUGAUGAGCUAUGAAUCACGGCGGCAAGCAAGAGAAGAGAGGCUCAAGAGAAGGGAAGCAAAGUGCAAGGCCGAUCAGAAGGUAUGCGAAGCUCAACUUGCGAAGCUUACCGUCGAGCAUCAAAAUCUCCUGCUUGCCUCUGGUCAGCCAUCAAAAGCCGAAGGUCUAGCUCAACCACAACCACCGGCGUGCUCGGACGAUCUAAGAGGACUUGAUGGGAACCCAAAAUCAUCAGAAGGGGCGCUCGCAACUGGCGAUGAAUUGGAUCAUGGGCCUGUUGAGCAGAAUCGCGUCUCCAAGGUAUACCUUUCGCCUCGCAAGAGCAGAUUGCAAAAGUCUGUGGUCGAUAUAUGGACAUUGAGCAGUCCCAGAGAUGCCGUUGACGGUGGAUCACUCUCGAAAUUACCCCCGGAGCUUCCUCCUUCCAGUGUCAGACACGACAUACAACGGACGCUAAAGGAGAUUGAUCAGAACCUUAUCCCUGAACAGCAUCCGGGGACCAAGUCGAAUCCUAAGAUCCAUCUCUCGCAGGCAAAUGAUGCCCACAAACCACCUACACAAACCACGCCUCAGCCUCAAUCAGGCAUGUCACCACCAAUUCACCGCACGCAUAAUCGGAGACCCACCAUCAGCUCGCCACGACCGGCCACGCUUGAUCUCACCUCAAGUCCUGCUGAACUCGAGCCGUCAAAGGCGAUCCUUAGGCCCAGUGUCAAACCCUCGACGGCUACCCUGGGUCGAUCGUCGAGCUUCACGUCAAGGGUAGGCAGUCGGACCAGCACCAUGACCUCGGCCAGAGGUUCGGCGUUGUCGGCUGAGAGGGCAGCGGCUGCAAAGGCGAGGUUGGCGGCGAGGAGUGCCGAGAAACGGAAGGGGCGGGAAAGGGAAGGGUAG